AUGUCGAUGGUGAAGGAGCUCUCCGCCCGCAUGCUUGGAGUGAGGAUCGACAGCGAAGACUUGCUGGCCGAGCUGGGCAUGCUGCUGACGGACGACGGCGUCAUACGAAGGCACUCACAGCUGGAGAUGUAUGAGCUGUUCCCAGGCGACACCUUGCAGCUGCAGGAUGCCCUGCAGGGCAAGUCGGUGCAUGCAGGCGUGCAACUGCUCCGGAAGAAGCAGUUGCCACUGCCUGCGACCCUGAACUUCCUGCCAGCGCUCAAGGCGUCGGUGGCCAGCACAGUGGAGCGGGCUCAAUACUGCGAGUGCCACACGCACUUUGUUGGCUGGCGGGACAGCCACAGCAACCUGAAGACCAGCGCAGACUUCAUCGGCCUCAGCAAUCUUGCAGAGGAAUUCCGGGAGGCGCGCGCCAACCUCGUGAAGCAGGAGGAGGCCCACCAGUGCCCGCCGCGACGCAUCCCCGGGUUCUCGGCGCGGCGCGCGCCGGUGCUGGCGAUGAACCGUGGGUGCGGAUGA